AUGCUAAACGGAGGAAGACGUGAGGAGGAAGAACUGGAGACGGAGAAAGUGGAGAGGCGCUGGUAUGAAGAGGAGGCACGGCGACGCGGAUGGAAGCCCGAGAGGUACCACUCCCACCCGUCCCUCACCCCCGUCCCUCACCCCCAUCCCUCACCCCCAUCCACCAUCUCCUGUCCCUCCCACCGUCCCGCACCCCCGUCCCUCACCCCCGUCCCUCACCCCCGUCCACCAUCCCCCUUCCACCAUCCCCCGCCCCUCACCCCCGUCCCUCACCCCCGUCCCUCACCCCGUCCACCAUCCCCCUGUCCCUCACCCCAGUCCACCAUCCCCCGUCCACCAUCCCCCAUCCACCAUCCCCCUGUCCCUCACCCCGUCCACCAUCCCCCACCCCCUCACCCCCGUCCCUCACCCCAUCCACCAUCCCCCUGUCCCUCACCCCCGUCCACCAUCCCCCGUCCACCAUCCCCGUCCCUCACCCCGUCCACCAUCCCCCGUCCCUCACCCCCGUCCACCAUGCCCCGUCCCUCACCCCCGUCCCUCACCCCGUCCACCAUCCCCCUGUCCCUCACCCCGUCCAUCAUCCCCGUCCACCAUCCCCCAUCCCUCACCCCCGUCCACCAUCCCCGUCCACCAUCUCCCGUCCCUCACCCCGUCCACCAUCCCCCGUCCCUCACCCCCGUCCCUCACCCCCGUCCCUCACCCUGUCCACCAUCCCCCUGUCCCUCACCCCGUCCACCAUCCCCCGUCCACCAUCCCCAUCCCUCACCCCCGUCCACCUUCCCCCGUCCACCAUCCCCCAUCCCUCACCCCCGUCCACCAUCCCCGUCCCUCACCCCGUCCACCAUCCCCCAUCCCUCACCCCCGUCCACCAUCCCCCGUCCCUCACCCCUGUCCCUCACCCCGUCCCUCACCCCGUCCACCAUCCCCCUGUCCCUCACCCCGUCCACCAUCCCCCUGUCCCUCACCCCCGUCCACCAUCCCCGUCCACCAUCCCCCAUCCCUCACCCCCGUCCACCUUCCCCGUCCACCAUCCCCCAUCCCUCACCCCCGUCCACCAUCCCCCGUCCCUCACCCCUGUCCCUCACCCUGUCCACCAUCCCCCUGUCCCUCACCCUGUCCACCAUCCCCCUGUCCCUCACCCCCGUCCACCAUCCCCCUGUCCUUCACCCCGUCCACCAUCCCCCAUCCCUCACCCCGUCCACCAUCCCCCGUCCACCAUCCCCCAUCCCUCACUACCGUCCCUCACCCCCGUCCCUCACCCCGUCCACCAUCCCCCUGUCCCUCACCCCCGUCCACCAUCCCCCAUCCCUCACCCCCGUCCACCAUCCCCCUGUCCCUCACCCCCGUCCACCAUCCCCCGUCCACCAUCCCCCUGUCCCUCACCCCUGUCCACCAUCCCCCGUCCACCAUCCCCCAUCCCUCACCCCCGUCCACCAUCCCCGUCCCUCACCCCUGUCCCUCACCCUGUCCACCAUCCCCCUGUCCCUCACCCUGUCCACCAUCCCCCUGUCCCUCACCCCCGUCCACCAUCCCCCGUCCACCAUCCCCCAUCCCUCACCCCGUCCACCAUCCCCGUCCACCAUCCCCCAUCCCUCACCCCGUCCACCAUCCCCCAACCCUCACCCCCGUCCACCAUCCCCCGUCCCUCACCCCGUCCACCAUCCCCCGUCCCUCACCCCCGUUCACCAUCCCCGUCCCUCACCCCCGUCCACCAUCCCCCGUCCCUCACCCCUGUCCCUCACCCCCGUCCCUCACCCCGUCCACCAUCCCCCUGUCCCUCACCCCCGUCCACCAUCCCCCGUCCACCAUCCCCCAUCCCCCAUCCCUCACCCCCGUCCACCAUCCCCCGUCCACCAUCCCCCAUCCCUCACUACCGUCCCUCACCCCCGUCCCUCACCCCGUCCACCAUCCCCGUCCACCAUCCCCCGUCCCUCACCACCGUCCCUCACCCCCGUCCCACACCCCGUCCACCAUCCCCCUGUCCCUCACCCCGUCCACCAUCCCCUGUCCACCAUCCCCCAUCCCUCACCCCCGUCCACCAUCCCCCGUCCACCAUCCGGCAAAGCCGUCUCCUCCUUUUAG